CACAAUCGAGGCUUCAUGAGACCGAGGAAUUUCUGAUUUGUAGAAUCUCUGACAUUUAAGUUAACAUCGGGUAUUAUCAGCCAUCAUGCACUGGCUACAGUUUAGCUGUUGGUGUUUGGUGAAUCUUUCAGUGGCUCUAACCACUGCCCUACAGUUGAACCUGAACCAGAAGCCUCGUUUCUAUGGAGUCAAGGCCGGCCGAAGUGUAAUAAUUUACUGUGUGGCUCCCGGCCAUAUUCAAAAUGCUCAAGUGGAAUGGUACAAAGCCCCUAAAUAUAAUACACCUCCUGCGGAAAGAGAAAUAGUUACUGUCGGGCAGCAAAUCCAUAUGAGGGAAAAGAGUAUGACACAAAACGCUUCAAUCAGCUUUCGAGAUUUGACCACUGAAGCCAGUGGGGUGUACUUCUGCAAAAUGAAUCAUAACUGGGGCCCAGGGACAGAGUUGCAGGUGUUUAGACCAAACAACUUUAACAGUGCAGUGCGUAGGAGCAACAUGAAGGAUGCUCUGAUCCUGAUCCAAGCCUUUCUGUUGACACUAUGUGUUGUUGCUCCCUUGAUACGAAGCCAAACCUUAUUCAAGAAAGAGGAGACCAUUUAUGAAGAGCCUCAACAUGACCACAUCUAUGAGGGCUUGGAGAUAGAGCACUGUGGUGGUGGAGUGUACGAGGACAUCUCAGCGUAUGCCCAGCCUGAGCAGGCAGAGGCUGCCUGGAACAAAGAGUAAGCUGGCCUGGGCCUGACCUGUAUUAACGCUGUAUUACGACAGCCAAAGAGGAUUGAAACAAAGUACAUAUUCUAUGUUUAAAACAUGGGAUUUAAUUUAUAAUUUAUCAAAUGUCACCAGAUGCCUGGUUGGGAAUGUUAGAAUAAGCAUACAGUACAUUUAAGGACUGAAAGAGAUGUUGUUAACAUGAUCAAAAUGUGUAUGUAAUAAAGAUUCAAAGUCUAUUUCAGGGUUGUGCUUUACUGUACAUCAGGGCUGUGUUUAUUGCAAAGCUUUGCCUUUUAAAGAUAAUGCUUCUUUGAGGAUUUCAUGCCUUAUGCAUGAUAUCACAGCAUGCUUUUUUAUCACAGUGCGUACAUUGUACUUUCUAAUUAAUACCACUAGGUGGAAUACCACUAUCUUGUAUGUGCCACAGUGAUCAUGAAUUUUGUCUACGCAGGAGACAUUUUACUAUAAUGUAAGGCAUAUUUUGACCUGUGUUCUCUGUACGUUUUAUAGCAGAUAUUAACACACACUGUUCUCAUGAUGCACAGCAGAUUGAGAGCAAAAAUGGAAAUCCACAUCUCAUUUUAGUUCCCACAGUUACAGUUAUGUUUGUGUAUUAUUUCACUAUAUACUAGUAAUGUUACUGGAUGUUCUCAGAACUACAUUAUGCUGAGCUUGUAAUGUGAAACGUUGUCAUGGUGUUUGUUUUAUGCAGUGUGAUUGAAUGCCAAAAUCAGAUUUACUGGAACUUAAAUUGUUUAAAAGAUGUAUUUGAUUCAGUGUGUUCUUAUUAAUAUGCCCGACUGCUUAGGUACAAAUAAUUAAAUCAGUUAUUGUUCUAAAAUGCAUUUAUUAAUAAAGUUG